UAUUUUUUUUUAAGAAAAUAAACUGGGAGUUAGAAAUAAGUCAUUGCUUGCUUGCAAUUUAUAAAGAGUAGUGCUGUCGAAAAUGAGGAAAAUCCCUGAAAAUAUCAAGUUCGGAGUAGCUUCUGCUGCUUAUCAGAUUGAGGGUGGAUGGAACGCAGCAGACAAGUCACCUAGUAUCUGGGAUACAUUUUGCCGAAAGCCGGGUGCCAUUUUAGAUGGCACAAAUGGCGAGGAUACAUGCAAAUCCUAUGAGUAUUACAAGCGAGACAUCGAGAUGAUCAAAUUUCUAGGAGUCCAAAUCUACAGGUUCUCUAUAUCUUGGCCCAGAAUUCUUCCUGAAGGGUUCUCCAACAAAAUAAGCAAAGUAGGCACAGAAUAUUACAAUAAUUUGAUCAAUGAGUUAAUAGCUAAUGGAAUCGAGCCUGUAGUUACGAUAUAUCACUGGGAUUUGCCCCAGAAACUCCAAGAUCUCGGUGGUUGGGCCAACCCUGAAAUUGCCGUAUGGUUUGAAGACUAUGCGAGGGUUUUAUAUGAAUUAUUUGGAGAUAGAGUAAAGACGUGGAUUACUUUGAAUGAACCGAAGCAAUUUGGUGUUUUUGGUUAUGGAAUGUCAAGGUUUGCGCCCGGUUUGAAUAUAAGUGGUAUUGCUGAGUAUUUGGUAGCAAAGAAUUUGCUUCUCGCGCAUGCGAGGGCAUGGCAUCUAUAUGAUAAAGAAUUCCGGCCAUCACAAAAAGGUAUAUGUGGUCUUACAAUAGCUACGGACUAUCGCGAGGGCGAGACUGACUUUCCAGAAGACGUGAUUACUGGACAAGAAGCGAUGGACUUCGAAGUUGGGUUGUACAGUCAUCCUAUAUUUUCUACCGAAGGUGGUUUCCCUGAGAGUGUGAUACGACGUAUUGGGCAGAAAAGUGUCGAACAGGGCUACCCUCGAAGUAGAUUGCCAGAGCUCAGUAAAGAAGAAAUUGAAUUUAUUAAAGGAACAAGUGACUUCUACGGAUUCAAUCACUAUUCAACAAGAUUUUAUACACGUAGCACUUAUAAAGAAGGGACGUUCCCAGUGCCCUCUUACGAGGACGAUAUUGGUGGAGUCUUUUCUUUAAAAGAUUAUAAGCCAGCUGCCAUUAUCCAUUCUACGGCCAUACCGGCGGGCAUGAGGAAGGCACUAAAAUGGGUUAAAGACAAUUGCAACGACCCCGAAAUAUUGAUUUUGGAAAACGGUUUCGGCGAUUUGGGAGGUUUAGAGGAUGUCGACAGGAUAUCGUAUUUAGCCGACUACAUCAACUCCAUGUUGGAUGCUAUUGAAAUUGACAAGUGUAAUGUCACCAUGUACACUGUAUGGAGUCUCAUGGAUAAUUUCGAAUGGUGUAGUGGUUUGCGAAUUAAAUUCGGCAUCUUCGAGAUAAAUUACGACGACGAAGAACGGACUCGAAGGCCCAAAUCCUCAGCGUUUUGGUUUCGUCACUUGGUUGCUACAAGGACGCUAGAUCACAAUUAUAAAGCAGUGCGAAAGGAACUGCUAUUCUAAUGAAAACAAUUAUUUGUUUAAAGAGUAACGAAGGAAAUAAUCAACUUUGACAUAGUACCUGGAAUCGAGCGUAUCAUUUUCUAUCUAUUAUUUAAAUUGAUAUUUGCCAGAGGGAGACUGUAUAAGUCGUUUGCUUGGACACCUCUUACCCAUUCAUGUUUAUAGCGUAAAGCAGUUGUUUGCAUGGCUGUUUCGGUUUAAAGGGUAGGAUAUUACAGUGAAAUUACAAGGUACAUAGGAAGAACAUCGGAGUCCUUAGGAAUACCAACGCAUGGGGGGGGGGGGGGUAUCAUGGGCGAAACAGUAUACUCUGUUAUAUACUUGGUACUGUUCAUGUCUAUAGGCGACGGUUACCACUUUGCAUCAGAUGGGCCUCAAGUUGUUUCCCAUUUUAAGUUGCAAAAAAAAAAAAUUUAGAUAAUACUCAAAUUGGCGAUAUAAAGAGGAAAUUUCUUUUGUUUCUGAUGCAUAAACUCAAAAAUAAAAUGAUACUUAACCAUUUUAAAAAAUCUUUCACCUAAAGAUAGCUACAUUAUCAGCAUAUUUGGUUACGAUAACCCCGAUUACUAUCAGACGGGUCGUAUAGUUAUUUGCCACCAAAGUAGUAUAAAAAAAAAAUUAAAAAUGGGCUGUAUUUAAAAAAAAAAUAGACUUCCUCUUCCUAUUUACUAGCACGAAUCCAAAGCGGGUUUGAUUAUAAAAAUAAAUGUUAAAAAAAUAUUAUAUUCAUUUAUUAAUAAAACAUUCUUACAAUACAUCAUAAACUCGUCAUAGUCGUAAAAUACUGACGGAUCUGACAAAUAUUACAUAUAAAGAUCCGUCAGUAUUCUAUGACUAUGACGAUAUAGAUCGUUCUAUAUACUAGUUCAGUCGUUUUAGUAAAUGUUUUACAUAAAAUAAGCACCAAUCCACCCAAGAGUACAAUUCCAUUUUUUACAUCUUCAAACCUUUACUGAGCAGAAACAAAAAAGGACUGCAACAGCCUCUGACCUUUUUACCAAUCCAAUUACAAUUUACGUAACGGUAACGUCCUCUGGAGUUGAGUUUCUACGCUGCUUCGAUGUAAUUGAAUACCUUUGACAUGGUUUAAGGUUUCACGUGCCUUUAACAAUAUUUUAUUAGACAAAUUCUUAACACAAAUUACAUAUAUUCUACUUUGUAUUUAAUUUCGAAACUUCUAGUCCUGAUUCAAGUAUUUUGCCCAUAAAGAUGUCAAAAUUUAUUUUUCAACAGCUUUGCCCAUUGUUUGUGUUGUAAUAUUUUUGUAUUUAACAUUGCUUGUAUAUUAUUGAUAGUUAACAAUAAAGAGUUCUUACAUAUUA